ACUGAAACUAAGUAAAAUCUUUGAAAUUGUUGCAUGUUACGUUUGUAUUUUUGUUCAGUGUAAAAGCUAAAGGCAAACAGGCAAUUCACACAAACGACUGCUGUGGGAAAUCACCAGAACAUAUUCAUUAUUUUCUAAAGCUGCAAGGUGGAAUCUCAAUCAGCUCAUUGGAAGGGUUCAUUAGCUUUAUCUGUGUCAUGUUUUUCUUAUUUUUCAUUACAUUCAAGUGUCAAAUAUGGUAAAGGUCAAACUUCUAGGGUACUGUCCUGAAGGAUGGAGAAGGUUUGGCUGCACCUGUUACUACGUCUCUACUGAGGGGAAAUCCUGGGAGAAGAGUAGACAGGACUGUCUGGAGAGAGGAGCAGAUCUGGUGAUCAUUAACAGUGAAGAGGAACAGACAUUCGUCAAUGGGUUUGAAUCAGUCAAUUAUGUCUGGAUUGGUCUGACUGACUCUAUUACUGAGGGGACCUGGAAAUGGGUGGACGGCACCCCACUGACCACACCAAGCUACUGGUGGAGAGGAGAACCUGGUCGUACAGACUGGAACUGUAGGUUCAUCUAUUACAAAUCAUCAGGCCAUGGAGUAUGGUGGAAUUAUUAUUGCUCCUCUUCACAACCAUGGAUCUGUGAGAAAUAUGCUUCCCAUAGGUACUUUUUCUGCACUGCUGAUUAAUGAACUCUCUACUGUAUGUUAAUGAUGGUCUGAAGACUGGUGUGAUUUGAUAGAAUGGUACUCUGAACUACAGCUGGGAGAGAAACACACAAACACACAAACACAUGCACACAUUCAUACACGCACACACACACAAAGACACUGAUCUGAACCUGAGUCUCCCACGGGAGAAAACAACGUCUUAGUUAGACAGGGGAAAUUCCCUUUUGGGCUGAGAGCUGACACUGAUUUUGAAGUCACUUGCGGGGCUACCUCAUCACGUGACCAUGAGCAACCAAUCAUGACCGAUACACAAGCUGACACAAUAAUUUAUUCAUUUGUCAAUCAAUGAGCUAUAUAAUAGGGUAUAAUAUCAUUCGAUAGCCGCUGUCAAUCAAUUACUGUUAAGUACUACACUUCUAAAUACAUUUAAAAUGACUUUAUAUGUUUAUCAGGUAUGUUUGCUUCUUGUGCUUUUAUUAUUCUGAACAUAAACAAUGUGUACUUCCUGCUUAUUCAAUAACUCAUUAAACCGAG